AACUAGUGGUAAAUACUCCUUACUUAUAUAUACUCGAUCGAUCCUCAGAUCAGACGUACUAGAUAGUACUAGAGUCUUUUGUUGAACAGGAGCCGAAUUCUGAUUGAGCAGUCUACUUGGAGUGAAGAUCCUGUUAAAUAAGAACCAGUGUGUGGAUGGGAGUCUUGGGAGGGAGACAGUGAUGACUCAAUGCUGAUUGGUUGAAUUGGUGAUGACUCAACAAUGAACGCUAGAUCACAGACAUUCGAACUGACCGUGGAAGGUUGGCAGAUAGAAGAAGUCGUUCUUAGUCUCUUUCACACUCUACUCUUUCAUCGAACAACUGGAAAGUUUCAGUACAAGCAAGAAGGCACCUACUCGAUUGGUACGGUUGGGAUGGUUGAGCAAGACUGUGACUAUACAGACUUCAGCUAUAUCCGAUGUGAAUCUGCAGAGCUAGACGCGUACCUAAGGAAAGAAGUAUCUGGAUUCAGGGACAUUCUGAAAUCCAAUGAUGGUCUACAUAGUGGGCAGAUUUCGCUGGAGUUUUAUGAGAAGAAGAAGAAUCGUUGGCCCUUCCCUGACGAGAGCAUACCCUGGGAGGUCUGGAAUCUCAACAUUAAUGUAGUCACACUCACUAAUGAACAUGAGAGACAAGCCUACCGUGAGAAGCUUGGUGAGUUACUUGGUGAGAGGGUUGUGUGUAUCGUGGAAGCAAUGAACAGACAUGAUUAUCUACCCAAGGCUCCCAAUCAACCCCUCCUUGAUACAGUCUUCAAUACAACCUUCACAGAUGUUCAACCAUAUCUAUUCAAGAUCAGCUGUCAGAACUCAGGACCCACCAAUGCUUCAGUAGGGACCGCUGUCAAAAAACUUGUGAGAGAUACUCUUGCAUUAUGAACCAUCUUGUGAGAGAUACGCUUGCAUUAU